GCAGCAACAGCAACAGCAGCAGCAGCAGCCUGGGAUGCCCCAGCACCACCAGAUCCAACAGUUCCAACAGAUGCCCGGGCCGGGCAGCAUGAUGAGCUCCCCUCAGCAUCAACAGCAGCAGCAGAUGAUGCAGCAGCAGCAGCAGCAGCAGCAGCAGCAACAACAGCAGCAGCAGCAGCAGCAAACAACAGCCACAGCCUCCAUCGAUCCAGCAGAUGCAGCACCCCAACAACAUUGGCAUGUACAACCCCAGGGCCCCAGCCCAAAUGUCCAUGGGCAAGCCUGGGAUGAGUCCAGUAGGGGGGAUGGCCCAGCAGGCCUCCAUGGCCCAGCAGCAGCAGCAGCAGCCCACGGGGCCUCCCCAGGCCGCUCUGGAGGUGGCCCUGAAGAUCCAGCGCGUGGCCGAAAACCAGCGGCAGCUGGCCCAGCGGGAGAUCAUGCAGCGGCAGGCCAACCAGGCCGGUAUGAUGCCCUCGCACAACCACCACCAGGCCGGCCAGCCCCAGGGCCAGAUGGGCAUGGGCCACCCAGGAGCCGGCAUGGUGGGUGGCCAGGGGUUGCCCCCGCAGGUGGCAGCAGCCGCUGCGGCAGCAGCAGCCCGGGCACAGAUGGAGCAACAACAACAGCAGCAGCAGCAAGUGGGUACGGGCAUGGCGCCCCAGCAGGGAGGCCCCCAGGGCCAGAUCCCGCCACAGAUACUGCAGCAGCAGCAGCCUGGCGGUCCACCGCAGCAGUGGGGCGGCCCAGGCAUGCCCCCCCAGCCGAGGCCCAUGAUGACCCAGAUGAACCACGCGGCCAUGUUGGCAGCCCAGCAGCAGCGACAGCAGCAGUUGGCCUCUCAGCAGCAGUUGGCCUCGCAGCAGCAGCAGCAGCAACAACAACAACAGCAGCAGCAGCAGCAGCAGCAGCCAGGCCAGCCCGGGCAGCCAGGGCCCAUGGGAAUGAUAGCAGGCCCUGGUGGACAGGCGGUAGCAGGACCGGGCGGCGCAGCCAACCUCCCGCAGGGCGCCCUCCAGGACCUCCUCCGCACGCUGCGCUCCCCCAGCUCGGCGCAGCAGCAGCAGCAGGUGCUUAACAUCCUGCGCUCCAACCCACAGCUCAUGGCCACGUUCAUCAAGCAGCGGGCGCCUAGGUACCUGGGACGUGGGGGACCGGGCGGCGGCCCUGGCAU